CCCAUCAGCCUUUUAUUGCGGUUCACAGAUGAUACGUUUGACCCAGAACUUGCAGCAACAAUUGGUGUUGACUUCAAGGUAAAAACGAUUUCAGUUGAUGGAAAUAAAGCCAAGCUGGCAAUAUGGGUAAGUCCUGAAUAUAAUAAAAUACCUGAGCUUGGCAUAGUUUAUUCCUUUGUACUAGUGGUGGUGGGUUUUGUGGAAAUAUGCAGUGUGACAGUUACCAUAUUAGCUCUGGUAUCUGAAAGUAGCAGAUGGGAUUCUUCUGUAGAAUUCGUUUAUGGGAAGAGACUUUACUGUUAUCAAAAACAAAAUUUAAAAGCCAACAAGUAUAUGGGAGAAUAUGGAGUUGGAUUAGAAGAAAAUGUCCUUAAUUUGAGGUCUGAACAUAAUCUUCCACGUAGCCUUGGCACUCCUAAAGGACACUGCAGGUCCAGCUACUAUAGAGGAGCACAAGGCGUUAUCCUAGUUUAUGAUGUCACAAGAAGAGACACCUUUGUCAAACUGGACAAUUGGCUAAAUGAAUUGGAGACAUACUGUACAAGGAAUGACAUAGUUAAAAUGUUAGUUGGAAACAAGAUUGAUAAGGAAAACCGGGUGGUUGACAGGAAUGAAGGUCUCAAAUUUGCAAGAAAACAUUCCAUGUUGUUCAUAGAGGCAAGUGCAAAAACAUGUGAUGGUGUACAGUGUGCCUUCGAAGAACUUGUUGAAAAAAUCAUUCAGACUCCUGGACUGUGGGAAAGUGAGAGCCAAAAUCGAGGCGUAAAGUUAUCCAACCAGGAAGAAGGCCAUGGAGGAGGAGCUUGUGGUGGAUACUGCUCUAUGUUAUAAACUCUGGGAAGUUUAUUCCCUUGCAUAUUUAAACAGAUAGUGUCACCUUUCUGUAAAUUCGUUAACUGCUAUUUUAGGGACCUUGCAGUUUGCACAUAUUUGUUUGGUAUCAUGGCAGUGAACAUUUGUAGGAAAACAUGCUCAGCAGCUUUCCCAGGUGAGAAACUUCAUGGUAAGCAUGCCCAACUUGCAGUCUUCAUGUUUUUUAUAUGUAGCAUAAAAUAGUGUGCAAGAACAAAUGCACUCAAGUUUUAUGACCUUGUACCGUCAUCAUGUAACUACUCUUAAAAAAUCCAUCUAACAAAUAUACAUUGUUGCAUUAUCUGCUUUUUGUUUGGAUUUUCUUUUGUUUAGAUACUUUUGGAAUUACAGAAUCGCUUUAUAUGCACACGUUCUAAAAAUGAUGCAGGCUAAAAUGUAAUAUCUUUUACUGGUAAAUGCUUGUCCUUGUUGGUAUAACAGACAGCAUGACUACACAAUUCUUACAGCCAUGUCUGUUACAAAUUCUCUUUCAUUAAGCAGAGCUGUCUAUAAAUUAUGGCCUGUGCCAGUUUAUUGUUAAUCUGAAAACCUUUUGAAGAGAGAUUUCUAAAAUUUCCUUUGAGAAUUUGAGCAAAAACAAUAGGUGAUUUUUUUUUUUUUUAAAUCAUCACUUCAGUUGAUAACUUGAUUGCUUAACUGGAGUUUUAAUCCUGUCAUAUUUAUGUACUAAAUUCAUGGCAUUCUGUACAAUGCUGUCCACUAUUGUCCUGCUGUAGUCUUCACUUUUUCGGCUAAAGAUUUGAAUAGUGUCUUAUUCUUUCAUUGUGAAUCAGCUUGUCACACUUAAGUACAGAUGCUCUUUUCCUAAACAUUGGUAAUGUAUAUGUAUCUCAACUGUAGCUCACGGCUGUGAAGGUCUAUAUCUCACAAUGGCUCUUUCUGUGGCUAUUUGUUAAGAAACACAAUUUUCUGCCAGACCCCAAAUAUGGGGAAGGCAGACUGCUUUGGGGUCUCGGUGUGGGGGAAAAUACUAUUGCAAUGAGUAUUUCACUUGGGUUUACUGUAAACAGCCAAUGGUUUACUUACUGUAUAGACUAAUAAAUUUUUUCAACAGUGUUCAUUUUUUUUCUAUCCUCUUCCUAUUGUACAGUUGUAUAUUUUUUAGUAUACUUUUUAUGGAGGGAUUAUUUCUGGUGCACUAAAGCAAAGAGAAGCCUUCACACACCCUUAAUCAAUCAGGUAACUGAUCUCCAUAUUAGAAUAAAAUACUAAGCAGUUUCUUGUAAAUAUACGUUAAAUAUUUUUAAUACUGCAUUUUGUGUAGAUGUCAGCUCUCCAUUAUAGUAAUUCUGUAUUUGGCAGUCACUUGAGUUAUUUCUGGUUAAAUACACUCUCGUCUCUGGAAACCUUGCUUUCUACUUUUACACUUGGUAGAAAACAUUACCAAAAUUUGAAGACUUAAAUAUACUAGUGGUUUUUACUAAAUAUUGUAUGUUGAGUACUAUUAAUGUACGUAGGAUCAUUUAAAUGUGUAAAUGUAAUCAAUUUAAUACACUUCCGUCUUGCAUUAAA